GAUGGUUGGACAGCUUUCAAACAGAGUUGCUAUAAAGUUAAUACAGACAGCAAACCUUGGAAUAUGGCACAACAUCAGUGUGGAUUGUUUUCAACUGGGGCACAUCUUGUUGAUAUUAGAAACAAAGAAGAAUAUGCCUUUAUAACUUCUUAUCUUCAGUCAUUCAACCAGCUAAACCUGGUAUGGACAGGACUUAAUGAUGUUAAGGAAGAAGGACAUCUCGCAUGGACUGAUGACUCCCCAUAUCUUGGAGAAUCUGAAUUUUCUUCUCUGUCACUGAUACCAGAAAAUGAAACUGAUUGUUAUGCUUUCCAGAGAAAUCCGUUUGUCCCAGAUUAUCUCUUUAUAGGAUUUUUCUGCUAUAUCUCUUUGCCAUAUAUUUGUGAAUAUGAAUUAUCUUCAGUUCCUGAAAACUUCACAUUUAAAAUGCAAGAUGUCGGUACAAAUGAAGCAGCCUUUUUGUGGAACAAUUUGAAUGGUUGGCUGAAUUCAAAUUUUCAACUUAACAUUAAGUACUAUUCUGAACACUCAGAACAGUAUUCCAAAUUUUUUACUCUAAAUUCAACGCGCACAAAAAUUUUCAAUCUGGACCCAGGUCACUCUUACAAAUUUUUAUUGUCAGCCCAGACCCCUGAAGGAGACCAAAUUAAUUUGCAUCCUGUUAUGACGGUAGAGACAAGACCAUUACAUCUGCACAAUGUAAAGGUAGCAAGAGUAACAUCAUCAGAGAUAUUUUUACAGUGGGAUUCUCCAGCAAGUUCAUUCAAUGCAAGUUUCCAUCAUUACCUAGUGAACAUUUUUGAUAGCAAAACAAUCAAGUGGAAAACUUUUUCAUUUGGAAAAACUAACACUUCUGCUGUAAUCAGAAAUGUCAAAUCAUAUAAUCAAUAUUGGACAUAUGUUCAAAGUGUUGCUGAAAAGGGAACUCCCAGCUGCUAUGAGGAUCCUAUAGAAAUAAUAACAGGUGUGACGCCACCUAUUGGUCUGUUAAUCCAUCCAGAGGACGUAGGCGAGGACCAUGUGAUUAUCUCUUGGAAACUCCCAGAAGAAGGCCAGGAAUCCUAUAUUCAAGUAAAACCAACUGCAUUCAAGGAUAAAAGCAUGAUGUUUUUAAUAAACAACACAGAGACAUUUAAAAUUGAACCAUUAAUUCCUGGAAUGACUUAUGAUAUAGGAGUGGCUACAGUAAUAUCUGGAAAUAAGAGUGAUUUGACUACCAUUCAGUGUACUCUUAAACCCAAACCAGUACAGAUGGUUAUUCCGUAUGAAAUCCAUAGUACUUUCGUGAUUUUAUUUGUUAAAAUACCUGCUAUGGGAAUAAUUGAUGGCAUUCACAUCAUAAGUAAAGAAGGCCCAAAUGCAACAUUUACUUUAUUGAAUGAUGGAAAAAUAACUAUAGAAAAACUAACUCCAGGAACAGAAUAUGAUUUUUUUGUUUUUACAUCUAGCAGACAUAUGUUAAGUUCUGUACAUCAGCUGCCAGCUAUAAAAACAUGUCUUGCAGUUCCACUAAAUAUAUAUGAAGGCAGAAUCACCAAUAUUUCAAUACAGAUUAUUUGGGAUCAGGCAGAAGGAAACUUUCAGCAAUAUGAAGUCACAUGUACAAACUGUGCAGAUACUUAUAGGGUCCAAAAGGUGAUACAAGAAGUGGCAGAAUUUUCCAACUUGAUUCCUGGCUUCUUAUAUAGCUUUAUGGUUAAAACAGAAAAAGAAGGAUACAAGGACAGCCCUCCUGUAAGCAUACAAAUAGAAACAGAACCAAUGAAGAUAUGUGGUCUAACCUUAACACUGAGAAAUACAACCUCUGCUAAAUUAACAUGGAAUCCAAGUGAGACUGACUUCAGCCAUUACAAAGCAUCUGUAUCAAACAAGACAUUCACAAAGGAAUAUGCUAUUUUCGAUCCUGAGACUCAUCACACCAUUACAAAUCUGACUCCUGGUAGCAUUUAUAACUUCACUUUGCAGAGAGUAAAAGGCAGUGUUGAAAGUGCAGUUUCCUUUACAGAAUUUGUGACAGACCCUGAAAAGCCACAGAAACUGACAGUUUUCAAUGUGUCCUCACAUUCCUUUUCUUUGCACUGGAGGCUGCCGAAUGGAUAUGUAGAACAGUUUCAUGUGCAGCUUGCACCUCCUCAUGGCUUUGUUUCUCUCCAAGAUAUGGGAGGUGGAGAGUAUCAGGCUGAAAUUUCGAAUACCACUCCUGGGACAAUAUAUAAUGUGACUGUUUCUUCGGUUUCCUCUUCAGUGUAUAGUUUACCUGUCAGCAGAACAGUGACAACUAAUGUAACUAAUCCAGGACCUCCUGUUUUCCUUGCCGGGGAAAAAGUUGGAUCUGCAGGAAUUCUCCUUUCGUGGAAUACACCACAUUUCCCAAACGGGAGAAUUAUAUCCUACAUAGUUAAAUAUAAAGAGGUUUGUCCGUGGAUGCAAAAUAUUUACACCCAAGUUACAACAAAACCAGAUAGUUUGGAAGUUCUACUAACCAACCUUAAUCCUGGAACAACUUAUGAAAUUCAGGUUGCUGCUGAAAAUAGUGCUGGCAUUGGAAUAUUUAGUGAGCCAUUUCUCUUUCAAACUGCAGAAAGUGCACCUGGUAAAGUGGUAAAUCUCACAGUUGAAGCUUUCAACCACUCAGCUGUAAAUCUGAUUUGGUUCUUGCCACAACAGCCAAAUGGAAAAAUAACUAGUUUCAAAAUUAGUGUAAAGCACGCAAGAAGUGGAAUAAUAGUGAAGGAUGUCUCUGUUAAAGUGGAAGAUCUUUUGUCUGGCAGGUUACCAGAAUGCAAUGAUAACAGUGAAUCAUUUUUAUGGAGUACUACCACUCCUUCAACUACGUCUAGUAAAACAACUACGUUUACCUCAAGUACAAUUGCUCCCAAGGCAAUGAGUUCAGUCUGGAAUGAACCUGUCAGUUUUGUCGUGACUAAUCUUAGGCCAUACACAACUUAUCUUUUUGAAGUUUCAGCAGUAACCACUGAAGCAGGUUAUAUCGACAGUGCAAUUGUCAGGACACCAGAAUCAGUUCCAGAAGAUCCUCCUCAGAAUCUUGUCAUGGGAAAUGUUACAGGAAAAUCCUUCUCAAUUUCAUGGGAGCCACCAAAUAUUGUUACUGGAAAGUUUACUUACAGAGUGGAAUUAUAUGGGCAAACUGUUCGUAUUUUGGAGAACAACACAAAAGAUCUCAAAUUUACAUUUAAUAAUCUGAUACCAUUUACAUUAUAUGAUGUGUUUGUUGCUGCUGAAACAAGUGCUGGAGUGGGCCCAAAGUCUAAUAUAACAGUUUUCACACCUGCAGGAGUUCCAGGACCUGUAUUUGAUUUGCAUGUAGUAGAGGAAGCAGCAAGCUUUAUAAGAAUUGCUUGGAAAAAACCACAGCAACCAAAUGGAGUCAUCACUCAGUACCGAGUAAAAGUUUUCCAUGAGGAAACAGAGGAGAUCUUUGAAGAUACAAUUCUGACAGAAAAAAUCAAGCAUUUUACUGAAUCUGGGGAUCCAGAUAUGAUAGAAGAAUAUGCAUUAUCUUCCUCACUGAAUAAAAUAAAAACAGUGACCAGUUUAUAUGAAGGUUCAGCUGAAAUGUUCCCAAGAGUACAUGAAUUUUCUUCAGUAAAAUAUACUAGUAUUCCUGUUGAUAAUUUCCUAACUUUAAAUUAUGAUGCAGAACUAUAUUUAAAUUCUGUUGAGCAGCUGUCAUAUCGUGUAAAUGCACUCCAGCCUUUCACUAAAUAUGCAAUUGCUGUGUCUGCUUUUACCAUCAUUGGAGAAGGACCACCAGCUAUUCUCAUUUCUAAGACAAGUGAACAAGUUCCAAGUUCUGUGGAAAAUAUAGAUUAUAAAAAUAUUAGUUCAUCUUCAAUUUUGCUCUUUUGGGAUAAACCAUUAAAUCCCAAUGGAAAAAUCACACAUUACACAAUUUAUGCAAUGGAGGUGGAUACAAGCAAAGCGUUUCAACUGACUACAUCAGAAAAAACCAUCUUUGUUUUAGACUUAAAAAAGUACACAGAUUAUAAAAUGAGGGUAACAGCUUCUACAACUGUUGGAGAAAGUGCAGUUUCUGAAGACAAUGAUAUUUUUAUAAGAACACUUGAAGAUGAACCCAGUUCACCACCUCAGAAUGUUGAGGCAUUAGAAGUGACUGCCUCAGAAGUCAACUUACGGUGGUUACCACCUGAAAUGCCUAAUGGGAUCAUAACUCAUUAUGAAAUCAUGUCUGAUAAUGGCAGUAUUUUAAUAACUAAAAAUGCUACAACAACACAUCUUAUUUUAAAUGAGUUGAAACCAUACACUUUGUAUAACAUUUCUGUAAGAGCAUUCACUCGCCUUGGUUAUGGGAAUCAGUCAUCUGACCCAUUAUCUGUAAGAACAGCUGAAACUGUACCUGACUUUCCACCCCAAAAUAUAACUUACAGGAACAUGUCUUCUUCAGCAAUAGAGUUAUCAUACUUUCCUCCAUCUGUCCCCAAUGGCAUUAUAAAGACAUACACCAUAUAUCUCAGAGAGAUUAAUGGAAGUGAAGUAAGAGUCAUCAACACAACAUAUCUGUUACUAAUUAUUACAGACUUAAAGAAAUAUACAAAAUAUCUGGCUGAAGUAUCUUCAAGCACUGUAAAAGGUGAAGGACCUCGGAGUGCACCAUUGGAUAUAAUAACUGAUGAAGAUGCUCCUAGUUCCCCUCCAAGAUUGCUCACAGUAAAACAGUUAUAUGAUGCCAUUGUGAUAUUGUCAUGGCAACCACCACUUGAGCCAAAUGGAAUUAUCCUUUAUUAUACAGUUUAUAUUUGGGAUAUUAUGUCAAGAAAUAUUAAUGCAUCUGAACUAUCACUAGAAUUAACAGAUUUAGAAUAUAACAAGAAAUAUAGUGUUUAUGUAACAGCAAGUACCAGAUUUGGUGAUGGAAAUAUAAAAAGUGACACAACAAGUUUCAGAACCUCUGAAGGAGCUCCAGGUGAUCCACCUAAAAACUUGUGGUAUAAAAAUCUCACUUCAUCAUCAGUAAGAGUAUUCUGGAAUCCUCCUCAAAAACCUAAUGGUGUCAUUCAGUUUUAUUCAAUUUACUACAAAAAUGGUUCUGACACUUAUGUACAGAAUUUUACCACUCCCACAAUUGACAGCAGUGCUGAUAAUUCAACUUUAUCAAUAGUAUUGAACAAUUUAGCAAAAUGGAGAUACUACACACUUUGGUUAACUGCAAACACAGCUCUUGGGAAUGGAAACCAAACCAGUGAAAUAAUGCAACUAUAUACAGACCAAGACUUACCGGAUGGACCUGUUAAUCAGCUGGCCUAUCAGAACAUUUCUUCCACAGUAAUAAACGUAAGCUGGAUCCCACCAAUGCAGCCCAAUGGACUCAUCUUCUAUAAUAUUUCACUAACAAUGAAGGAUACUCAAACAAAUCAUGGGAUUUUGUCGCUUCUUCUAUAUGAAACAAAUAUAAUUUUUAAUAAGUUGGAAAAAUAUGCAAACUAUCUUCUAAACAUUACUCCAGCAACAGAAAAAGGAUCAUCAGAAAUGUAUACUUUAAGUUUAUACAUCAGAACUGAAGAAGAUGUUCCAGACUCUGCACCUAUUUUGAAAACUUACAGAAACCUUUCAUCUACCUCAGUGAUGUUAUCUUGGGAUCCUCCAUAUCGGCCAAAUGGCAUUAUAAGAGGCUAUGAUUUAAAGCUACAAGGAUCAGAAAAAAAUAUUUCUUUCACUACCUCCAAUAAUUCAAUUAUUUUAGAAGACCUUUUGCCAUUUACCCUAUACAGCUUUUUUGCAUCAGCUCGAACUGUAAAAGGGCCUGGUCCAUAUUCUGUUCUUAUGUUCUCUACAGAUGAGUCCGUCCCAUUGGCACCUCCAGAGAAUCUGACAGUUAUUAAUUACACAUACAACUCUGCAUGGCUGAAGUGGGAUCCAAGUCCUAGGCCAAAUGGUGUCAUUAGAAGAUACGUUUUAAAUAUUUCUGAAAACAAUAGUCAAGCUACUUUUUACCAGAACAUUUCAGGCUCACACAAUGAAGCUAAUAUAUUUGGACUAGAACCAUUCUCCGUGUAUUCCAUCAGUGUUUCUGCAUUUACAAAAGUUGGAAAUGGCAAUCAAUUUAGUAACCUUGUACAAUUCACAACAAUGGAAUCAGCACCUGGUAUUGUCCAGAAUACCCAGUGUAUUGCAACCAGUUGGCAGUCAAUCCGGCUCCAAUGGGACCCUCCUUUGAAAACAAAUGGAAUCAUUACAAAUUACAUCAUAACAUUUAGAGAGAAUUCAACCAUCUCAUCAUCUCAUAAUGAAACAGUGUGUAUUUUGAGAAACUUACUAUCCAAUACAACUUACCAAUUUAAAAUAAAAGCUGCAACAGCUGCAGGAGAAGGGAAAGAACAGUUAUGCAAUUCUAGCACAUUUCCUGAAACAGCUCCAAGCGCUCCAAGAGAUAUAAUAUUUUCAAAGGUACAAUCAACAAAUGUGACCUUGAGAUGGAUAAUACCAAUUACUAUUUUGGGCUACUUUCAAAACUACAAGAUUACUACACAGUUACAAUCCAUCCAUUGCAAUAGUUGGGAUUCUUCUGAAUGUAUUGAAUAUGAGAAGGAUCAAUACUCAUAUCUUGUUGAUAAUGUUGUAGAAGAAACAGUAUAUGACCUGAAAAAAUUUAGAUGGUAUCGAUUUAGAGUUUCUGCUUGUACAAAUGCUGGUUAUGGCAAUUCCACACCUUGGAUUGUCGCACAAACUCUUCCUGGCUCUCCAGAUGCUCCUCCAGCAAAUGUAACUGCAGUAGCUACAUCUCCUUACAGUAUUAAUAUUAGUUGGAAUGAACCUACCAUAAUUAGUGGACCAACAUUCUACCUCAUUGGUAUUUCCUCAGUGGAUACAGAUUACUAUCAAGCUUCAUUUGUCAAAGCAAACUAUGAAGAUAAAACCCUCAGUAUUUCAGGAUUGAGAGCAUUUACAAGGUAUUCCAUAAUUGUCACUGCUUUUGUAGAAGAUGUUCAGACUGCACAUACAGAAGGCAAGUCUAGCUCUUCCAUUAUUGUUUCCACUUUUGAAGCAGUGCCUAGGGACCCACUUAACAAUGUAACUUUUCAGAAGAUACAAGAUGAAGUAACAAAAUUUCAAGUGAUGUUUGUACCGCCCUCUGAACUCAAUGGGAAUAUUCAAGUAUAUCAAGCUAUGGUAUAUAAAGAUGAUGACAUAGACAUCUUUCAGGUUUAUAAUUUAAGCAUUAUAGACAGAACAAACAAGUCAAUCACUGCCGUGCUAGAGGGAUUAAAAGGAGGACACACAUAUAAUAUCAGUGUAUAUGCAAUCAAUAGUGCUGGUGCAGGACCAAAGAUUCAGCUUAAAAUAACAACAGAUAUUAAAGAACCACCAAGACCUAGUAAAAAGCCAGCGCCAGUUUAUGAUACUAGUGGAACAUUACUUGUCACAGCCACUACAAUUACUAUUCACAUGCCAGUUUGCUACUAUAAUGAUAAUCAUGGGCCUAUUAAGAAAAUACAAAUUCUUGUUGCAGAAGCAGGAGUUCAGAAUGAUGGCAAUAUCACCAAGUGGUAUGAUGCAUAUUUUAAUAAAGCAAGACCUUACUUGGUAAAUGAAGGCUUUCCAAAUCCUCCAUGUAUAAAAGGGAAUGGAGGAGUGAGCACCAAAGAAGAUAUUUAUGUAAUAGGGGCUGAUAGCACAUGUAUGAUACCAGGAAGUGAAGAAAAAAUUUGCAAUGGACCACUGAAACCCAAAAACCAAUAUGUAUUUAAGUUCAGAGCAACAAAUAUCAGAGGUCAAUAUACGGAUUCAGACUAUUCAGAUCCCAUCAAAACUUUAGGGAAUGGGCUGUCUGAAAGAGCUGUAGAAAUAAUACUUGCAGUUACUUUAUGUAUACUCUCUAUUGUUCUCCUUGUGGCUGUAAUUUAUGCAUUUGCAAGAAUUCGUCAAAAGCAAAAAGAAGGGGGUACAUAUUCUCCACGGGAUGCAGAAAUUAUUGACACUAAAUUUAAACUGGACCAGUUGAUCACAGUGGCAGACCUGGAUAUGAAGGAUGAAAGAUUUACACGAUAUUCCUCUUUUUUCUUCAGACGCAAGGAGAUAUUUAUCAUCCAGUUACUUAGUUAUAGAAAAUCCAUCAGGCCAAUAGGCAAGAAAUGUUUUCUGCAACAUGUUGAAGAUCUGUGCACAAAUAACAACAUCAAGUUUCAGGAAGAAUUUUUGGAACUCCCCAAGUUUCUUCCAGAUCUUGCGUUAACUGAUGCUGAUCUUCCUUGGAACAAAUCUAAAAAUCGUUUUCCAAACAUCAAACCAUAUAAUAAUAAUCGAGUGAAGUUAAUGCCUGAUGCUUGUGUACCAGGAUCUGAUUAUAUUAAUGCCAGCUAUGUAUCUGGCUAUUUAUGUCCAAAUGAAUUUAUUGCUACUCAAGGACCAUUACCAGGCACAGUGGGAGAUUUCUGGAGAAUGGUAUGGGAAACAAGAGCAAAAACUGUUGUUAUGCUAACUCAGUGUUAUGAAAAAGGGCGGAUAAGAUGCCAUCAAUAUUGGCCUGAAGAUAACAUUCCAGUUACCGUCUUUGGAGAUAUAGUGAUUACUAAAUUAGUGGAAGAUACUCAAAUAGACUGGACUAUUAGGAAUCUAAAAAUUGAAAAGCAUGGGGAUUGUAUGAUGGUACGUCAGUGUAAUUUUACUGCCUGGCCUGAACAUGGAGUACCUGAAACAAGUGCAUCAUUAGUCCACUUUGCAAAGCUGGUCCGAGGCAGCCGAUCACAUGACAACACACCCAUAAUUGUUCACUGCAGUGCUGGAGUUGGAAGAACAGGAGUUUACAUUGCCCUUGACCAUUUAAUACAGCAUAUAAAUGACCAUGAUUUUGUGGACGUCUAUGGACUUGUAGCUGAACUAAGAAGUGAAAGGAUGUGCAUGGUACAGAAUCUGGCACAGUACAUAUUUUUACACCAGUGUGUUCUGGAUUUGCUGACAAUCAAGAACAACCAGCCUAUAUGUUUUGUUAACUAUUCAGUUUUGCAAAAGAUGGAUUCUUUGGAUGCAAUGGAAGGUGAUGUGGAACUAGAGUGGGAAGAAACUACUAUGUAAAUACACAGAUGAAAAUGCAUUCCAUUUCAGGAAACAUACGCUUGUGUUCAUGUUGCUGUUGUUUCACAAUAGGGGCCAAAAUAUAUCCCCAUCAUACAAAUUAUUAUAAACAAAAAUAUUUUUGUAGCAAAAUAAAAUUAUAAUAGUUGUUUUAUAUUCCAUGUGCCUUCACAAAUAAUAUAAAUUAUUAAAUUAUAAUUUUAUACUGAGUAAAAUCUGAUUAGUAUAAUAAAACUGUACACAAUAAGAACAAUCCAGCAAUAUACAUUACAAUAAAAUACACAUUGCAAGAG